AUGAAUCGAAUUCCGAGCAGCGAAGACGACUCCAUUUGCGGGGAUGAUGCGCCUCAGAAGCGGGUGAACAAAAAGGAGGCAACUGAGGCGGCAGUCGUCGAACUGGUCGAGAAGCUCGGGGAUGGAGAUGAUGGCGUCGCGCCACUGGACGACGUUGAGUAUGUCAUGGACAAGAUUGAGACAUUGUCUGUCGAGGAGUGCAAGGUCAUAAUCGAGGAGAUGCUCCGGUUCCACGAGUUUGACUACAACUUCUCGGGGCAGCAGCGGGAAAAGCUUAAAGCCUUGCUCGAGGGUCCGCUCGAGGGGCAGAGUACGGCCGCGUGGGAGCUCGAGAUCAAGACGGAAACGGCGGUGAACAAAUUCUUCUCGCCUUACCCUGAGGUGAGAGCGAUCUCGACUCCGACGGAUGAUGUCAACAUCCCCUGCGAGACGAUACGAGCACAUCUCCUCGGUUACCUGUGGGCCAUGAUCGCUCAGUUCACGAACUCACUCUUCAACUCACGCUUCCCGCAAAUAACGCUGUCGUCGGCCGUCGCCCAGAUCCUCCUCUUCCCCUGCGGCAAGUUUCUUGCCUGGGCGCUGCCCGACUGGGGCUUCAACUUCAGGGGCAAGCGCCUGUCGCUCAACCCAGGCCCUUGGUCAUACAAGGAGCAGAUGUUGUCGACAAUCAUCAUCGACGUCGGAUUGACAUCGGCCUACUGCUUCUCGAACAUACAGACCCAGACCGUCUACUACAAGGACCGGUGGUUGACGCCCGGGUACGGCAUCCUCCUGCUGCUUUCGACUCAGCUCAUGGGCCUUGGAUUCUCCGGCUUGCUCCGACGCUUCGUCGUUUACCCUGUCGAAGCGCUGUGGCCGAGCACUUUACCGACGCUGGCUCUCAACCGCGCCCUGCUGUUGCCGGAACGGCGAGAGACGGUGCACGGCUGGUCCAUGUCGCGCUAUCGUUUCUUCCUCAUCGUCUUCGCCGUCAUGUUUGUCUACUUUUGGCUGCCCGGAUUUCUCUUCCCCGCUCUCAGCCUAUUUGCGUGGAUGACGUGGAUCGCGCCAAACAACUUCACCCUGAACGCCGUCACUGGCUCCCAGAUGGGUCUUGGCUUCAACCCCAUCUCGACGCUGGAUUGGAACGUACUCUCGACGUACGCCCAGCCGCUUGCCUACCCCUUUUUUGCCUUUAUUCAGCAGUUCAUCGGCACCAUCAUCGGCGGGCUCAUCAUCAUCGCUCUGUACUUUUCCAACGUCAGCUGGACGGCAUACCUGCCGCCAAACUCGUCGGGCAUCUUUGACAACACUGGCGCAGCAUACAACAUCUCCAGAGUCGUGCGCCCGGACAGCGGGGUUCUCGAUGAGGAAGCCUACAAGGCCUACUCUCCCGCCUUUUACGGGGCCGGAAACCUUGUCGUUUACGGCGCCUUCUUCGCCUUCUACCCGCUCACCAUGGUCUUCAUCGUCCUCGACACGUGGAGACCGCUUCUCCGAGCCUACCGAUCCAUUGUCGGCGCAGCCGUCUCCUCCAUCGGCAAGCUCGUGGCCGGACUGAGAAAAGCCAUUUCGUCGGGCGUCAGGGGACACGUCCGAAAAGCUGGCGGUCACCUGCGCGGGAUUCUGCGAAAUGACAGCUCCAUCUACGACGGCUUCGACGAUCCAUUUACGAAGUUGAUGAGAAGCUAUCCCGAGGUACCUGACUCGUGGUUCUUCGCCAUCGCCGUGGUCGCUUUCAUCUUCGCCCUUGUCAUCGUCACCAACUGGCCCCAGCUCGGAACGCCCGUCUGGGCCCUCUUCUUCGUCGUCGGCCUCAACCUCGUGUUCCUGGUACCCAUGACGUACCUCUACGCCAUCUCGGGCACGACGGAAGGGUUGAAUGUUGUCACAGAGCUCAUUGUUGGCUACGCCUUGCCCGGCCAUCCUGAGGCCAUGAUGUUUGUCAAGGCGUUUGGGUACAACAUCAACGGCCAAGCCGACAACUACAUCUCAGACCAGAAGAUGGGGUUCUACGCCAAGCUGCCCCCGCGCGCCAUGUAUCGCGGCCAGGUCAUGAGCGCCAUCCUGACGGCCCUCGUCGCGUACGGGGUCGUGGAAUUUGCCGACACGCAGAUCCCCGGCAUCUGCACCCCUGACCAAGUCUCAAAGUUCAACUGCGCAAACGGUUCUCAGGUGUUUUUCGCGGCUUCUGUCGUUUGGGGAGCCAUCGGGCCGCAGAGAAUCUUCAGCCAAAUAUACCCAUCCAUCAAGUACUGCUUCCUGCUAGGAUUUCUCCUUGCCAUCGUCUGGUGGACAGUCAAGCGAUUCGGCAACCAUUUCCGCGAGGCGUGCCGGAGCAUACUACCGUCUGCCGUCUUCCGUCCCGUCGAUCUCGCCAUCUUCACACCCGUCUCAUGGUUAAAGCACGUCCAUCCUUCUCUAAUCAUGAACGGUGUGCUGCUCUGGGCGCCUACGAACCUCACCUACUUCACCGGCGGCCUGUACUUUUCCUUCAUAUUCAUGUACUACCUGAAGCGACACAAGACGGCCUGGUGGGAAAAGUACAACUACGUUCUCUCGGCCGCACUCACCGGGAGCGUUGCCUUCUCGGGCAUCAUCAUCUUCUUCGCAGUGCAGUAUCACCCACAGGCCGUCAACUGGUGGGGUAGCAACGUGCUCUCUGCAACGAUCGAUGGCGGGGCCGGCCAGACGGCGCUGAUCACAGAGCUGCCGGCCAAGGGGUAUUUCGGUAUUGACUCAUGGUUUUAA